GGGGUGCACAUUCGAGGACUCAACCUCAAACCUCGACAUUCAACGUCCAUCAGUAAACGCUGACCACUUUUCCAGCUUGUUACCAGCUGGAGGAAAAAAUCUCAAGCAUCACGCACUAUGUCUUUCCUCCUUCAACGCCGCUCCAAAGCAGCCGCACCUACCCCUGACCCCCCUGUGAGACAGCAAGUUCCAGAUCGCGGGGUAAUCCAAGCUUCGGUUUUGGUCGUUCCUCCCGAUGGUUUGGUAUGCAAAACGGGGAUGGAGUAUGAGGAGUUCGAUGUUAAAAGCCUUUCCCAAAUGUAUUUGGGUCACGAAAAAAUAUCUGGGGUGGUUCAAGUGGCGCAGUGCAAUUCUGGAGCGAUCAUCAUUGCCGACAUAGUUUCCGUGCCAAUGAAAGAUGUUGAACAAGUUAGACCAGAGACCUGGUACCUGCCAUUGAGGCAUGCAUGGAAAUAUCCCGUCAUUUGUGGUGAUGCUCGGUUGCUUGCUCGCUCGAAGGUCGAGGUUGAUCAGCACCAUACUAAUAGCGCCAUGCAGCCUGACAAAGAUUACAAAGGUUUCGGUUUGAGACAGCUAUUGGAGGGCCACCGCGUUUUCCUGGUUGUCCAUUGGUUGAUAGGCCCUUACAAAUGUUUGACCCACAUUUCACAAAGAAAAAUUAAGAUUAUGGGUGUAUCAUUGAGGGGUGUGACUGGGACCAACUUGAUCUACAGAUUUACUGGGUAUUUACCUGUUCACCUCAUUGUACCUGAGUUUUUCAGGACCAAAGUCUACCCUGAUAUACCCUCUGCUGAGGAGAAGAAGCGGAAACCUCGAGACAGGCACAAGCCCUAUGCACCUCGCGGAGGGAAUGGAGCUGUCCUGUAA